CGAAUAAGACUCUGAAGCUUUUCUCUUAUGAACUGCAGGAGCGGAAAGAGAGACUCCCUUCAUAAUGAACUUUGCUGUGAUUCUUCUAUUAACAUCAAGCUGCUUCGCCUGGACUUCAGCUAUCUAUACCUCCAACAGAGAAGGACCCAGGAAGCUGAAGUACCUCCUUGAGCCACUCAUGUACGCUGAUGUCGUCGCCCGAAGGGGAGAAAACGCCACCCUUCCGUGCAUCCUGAGAAUCAGACCGAGCCAUUACAAAGUGAAAUGGACAAAGCUGGAGCCGGAACACGUGGGUCAGGAGAACAUUAUCAUGAUAUCAAAUGCGCACGCCUUCAAGCCAUACGGCCAUCUUGGCCCGCGGGCUUCCCUCCUGAAGGCUCACACCAUGGACGCCUCCCUGCGGCUCCGUGGUCUCGAGCUGGAAGAUGGCGGCAUGUAUCGCUGCGAGCUUGUCAAUGGCAUCGAGGAUGAGAGUGUUGUCAUUGCGUUGAGGAUUGAAGGUAAUUCACAAUAUUCCUGCCCAGUAUCAUGGCAGUUCAUCAAUUAGACACGAAAUGCAAUGUAUUGAUUUUGUGUACAUGGAAACAAAUUGUUAGUUGUUUUCAGUGUUGCUUCGGAUGAAAAUAAUGCCAAUGGAAAGUCAAUUAGGAGCCUUAUUGGUGGUGGAGACACCAAUUAAAUGCAUCCAUGUGACAAAGCAACAGUCAGAGCAAACGGGACAUUCAACCAGAAGACCGGUGGUCGACACCGCAUUGAGAUUUUGUGGUAGUGGUUUUGUUGCCUAAACCUAACUGUUGGUGGUUUCGUUUCCUAAACCUAACCGUUGGUGGUUUUGUUUCCUA